AUGUCCUCCCCUGCCGGCAACCGUAGCACCUAUGCUGAGAACCAGAUGUAUCCACGGGUGCAGGUUGCCAAUGCUCCUGAUUUGGUUCCUGAGCGCAUGAUUGAAAAGAUGGAGACCAUCAAGGACAAUCCCCUCGAGGCGAUGCGACUGGGGGACAUGGAGUUCCGCCGGGAGGAAGUGGACGAGGCUCACUUCCGGCAGAAGCUGGAGAAAAUGAGCCGUCCCUGGCAGCUCCUCUACCAAUACCGCCGGGCGAAGAAGCACAAGGAGCCCAUGGAGACAGUCAUGCUGGAAAAGACCAUCAUCAAGCUUGGCGGACUGUUGGCCUUGGGCUUUGGCGAAGCUGGGGCAGAGGUUAUUGGCCAGAACAUGAAGGUGAGUGCCACGGCCGGGGUCAACGCCAUGGUUCCGGGAUCCAAGGUCGAAGCCAUCAUCGGCUUUUGCAACAUUCGGAACUUCAUGGCAGCGACCGAGGUUCUGAAAGAGAAGGUGAUGCUCUUCGUGAACCAGGUGGGUGAGAUCGUCCACGGCUGCGUGGACGACUUCCAUGGCGCGCCAAAUCGGAACAUCGGCGAUGCCUUCUUGGUGAUCUGGCGGCUGACAGGUCUUCCGGAAAAGCAGACCAAGUUGGCAGACAUGUCCCUCAUGUCCUUUGUGAAAAUCAUCGCGGAGAUCAACAAGUCGCGGGUCAUCGCUGCCUAUCGUCAGCAUCCCGGCUUCCAGAUGCGAAUACAGGACUACCGGGUUACGCUGGGCUUCGGCCUGCACUGCGGCUGGGCGAUUGAGGGGGCCAUUGGCAGCGAGUACAAGAUCGAUGCCUCCUACCUGUCUCCCAAUGUCAACGUCGCCUCAAAGCUGGAGGCCGCCACAUCCCAGUUCAAGGUGUGGAUGCUGCUGUCGCACAGCAUGGUGAACAUGUGCAGCAACGAGGUAGCCUUGACCUGCAGACUCAUCGACCAAGUCACAGUCAGCGGGUCACGAAUCCCGAUGCGUGUGUACACCGUGGACCUCGACGUCUCAAGGAUCCAUGUUGUCGAGCAAGGACCUGAUCGAAUCAUCAGGAACCGCUUCAAGAUCCGCCAGCUUCGCGAGGUGCGGAAGAGCGAGAAGAUGGCGGAGGAAUACCGCGUGUGGGAUGCCAUGACGAGCAACCCGGACAUCCGGCAGAUGCGCCAGCUCUUCUCAGAGGAGUUCUUCCAGCGCUUUGCCAUGGCAUACCGCAAUUACGAGGCAGGAGAGUGGCUUGCAGCGCGCGACAUGCUCUUUACCUGCCACUACCAGCCGCAGCACGACAUCGGACGACGGCUCGUAACCUCGGAGGCUGAUUGGCCUGUUGACGGGCCGACGGCAACUCGGACUAAAUCGGGUUCUGAUGGGCGCUUCAAGAUGACUAUCUCCAUUCUGAGAUCUUUUGUGAGUUGGGCAGAACUUGUUCGGCGCAGGGCCGGCUUCCAUGCAUUGCGUUGUGAAGCUUCUCGGAAUCUCCCAUAG